UUUACCAAGAUGUCGAAGAUUGCUCUAGUUGUUCUGAGAGGAUGUGUUUUUUAUGGAUUAUUUAAUAUGGUUACCUCAGAACAACUAUACAUGAGCGAAAGGGAAUCUACGGGUUUGGAGGAUGCUAGAGAUGAAAAUAAAGAGAUAAAUGAUAGAGCUGGAGCCCUAGCGAAUGCUAUAAGUAGCAACAUGUACCGUCCCAAACCGAAUGCGUUACCAGCACCAUCACCAAGCCCAAUACCAAUUAAUGUUAAAGAGUGCUAUGUGUGUACUGACUGUCCAAAAGUCUUUCUCAAUACUUCUUCAAAGCUGUGUCCAUAUACUCUGGAUGUUACAAAACAAGGAUGUGUCGUUUAUGCAGAACAGUAUAAACAUAUGAAAAAACCAUGGUACAUUCGAGGAUGUGCUUCAGAAAGAGGUUCAUGUGCUGACAUCAGAAAAGCACACUCCUCCCAUACUGAUGUGGUCUCUUUGUUGUCUUGUUUUGACUGUCAAGGGGACAAGUGCAAUACAAAUAGUGCCUCCCACUUUAUGUCUGAUUUUACAGUGGCAUUCUUUGCUAUGGUCGUCACACCAUUGUUUGCGAAAUAUACACUUUCCUAAGUAAAUUAAUAUGGUAACUCAGCUUGAAUACCAAGACUCAGAACUCGUUUUU